UCGAUCGGCUAUGAGUUGUUGCACAUUUAAUGCUAGCAAAGUAACCUGACUUGCGUUUACAGAGCUAGUCAGGCUAUGUCAAAAUAAUGUUUAGCCAUCAGGGUAUUCAACCUGUAACUGUUGUUUUUAACAACACAAAAAACUGCUUUCUUCACCUCCCAUCGAAGUUGAUAUCACACCUUUCCCUGAACGAGAACCAAGCUUUGGAGUUGUCCUGGGGCGAUGGAUCUCCAGUGUUCCUCAGCUGGACUCAAAACAGAACCUCCUUCAGCCUGGACAGCCAUAAAGUAGAGCUGUGUCGACAACUGGGAGAAAAGAUGGGCCUGAAAGAUGGCGAACAGGGUUUCCUGAGACCAUGUCACCAGGUCUUAUCAGUACAUCAAGUGUUUGUGGAGCCUCUGUCGUCUGAUGACUGGGAAAUUUUGGAGCUCCACAGUGCAGCGCUGGAGCAGCAGCUGUUGGAUCAGAUCAGAGUUGUCUUCCAACAUGCCGUGUUUCCUGUGUGGGUGGACAGCCACACAGUCAUCUACAUCCAAAUAGCAUCGCUUUCACCAUCUGCGCCCUAUGGUCGUUUGGAGCAGUUUACAGAGCUUAUUGUCUCUCCAAAGAACCGCCUUGGAAUUCCCAACCUCAGUCGUUCUCCAGUGAGAAACAGCGAGAAGCAGCAUUUUCACAGACAACAAAAUAUGGAUCUUUCCUCCCACUCAGGACCAUCAUUAGAAAGUACCUGCCAUGCCCCUCAAAGCCACCAGUGGGGCGGCAUAGCUGACCUGAAAAGCCUGCUACGAUAUAUGAUAAAAGGUACCUAUGACCCGGUUAAAGAGCUGCCAGCUGUACCUGACAUCCCUGACCUCCUCACUGACUCGAUCUACAGAGUGUGUGGUGCACCUCCAGACUCUCUUUGCACUAUGAGUCACGUUGCAACUGCCGAUAUUCAUUUAUUUCCGUGGAGCCAUGGGUUGAAUGCUGGGCCUGCUGGAGGUCAGUCAUCAGUGACUUAUGGCCUGCUCUCCAAAGUUCUCUCUCCUAGAGAAUCGAGGGACAGAGCCAAGCAGGAAAUGGAGAAAAAGAAGAACGCAGGAGGUGCUAGGGUUGUCGAAGAAGAGGAGAUGAAAGGAGAUGAAGCUGUGGUGGUCAGGGUGGUGUGCCAUGGUACUGAGAAAGAAAGUCACAGCAAGGGAGAGAUCCACAGUGGAAAAGUAUGGAUCCCACAGCCCCUGGCCAUCAGGUUGAAUAUCCUCCCACAUUCAACAGUUAGAAUCAAGCCAGUCAAAUCAACUAUCAAAAUAGCCUCCUCUAUUUGUCUACAGCCUCUAAUACCACUGCCCGAGGAAGACGAUGAGAUCCAGACAGCUUUUCUUGGUUGGCUGCACACUCAGUGUCAUGAACCUUUAGCCUGUUUGACUGCACGGUCUGGCACCAUCCUCCUACAUGGGACCGAUGCAAAGUUGGAGUUUGCUUUAACUGUGCUGAAACCACAACCAGAGAGCGACCCUCCAGACCAGCUGUUUUCACUCACACCUGCUGUUCUCCAGAAGGAAAACAUACAGGUCAACAGAGAGCCAGUAAAGAUGCCAGCUGUGGACUCUAUAGCUGAAACACCAGACUUAGAGCUCCCCUCCCUUAGUAGUCUUGGUGGGAUCAAUGAGCUUAGUCGGACUGGAUUUGACUUCAUCUCCCACAGCCUUCUGGGUAGUCCCCUCUCAAGAGAGCUUGGUACCACAGGAUGUGGACUCCAAGGAGGAGCUCUGCUCAUCACUGGUGCUAAGGGAAGUGGAAAGAGUGCUCUAUCCCGAGCCCUCUGUAAAAAAGCUAGAGAAGAUAUGGAUGUACAUGUGGAGCUGCUGGAUUGCAAAAAACUACAAGGCAAAAGGGCAGAAACGGUGAGACAGCUGCUGCAGGACAUUUUUGAACAGGCGGAGUGGAAGCAGCCUUCAGUUGUUCUACUUGAUGACCUCGACCAUAUAACCGGGGCACCAACCUCACCAGAGCAUGAGCAUGGUCCUGAGGCACUGCUGCACCUCUUAAUUGCACAAAGUCUGAUGGAUGUGGUGGAUGAGGUGCUGGUUCACUCCAGCCUGGUGUGUCUCAUCAUCACCAGCCAGAGUGAGCAAUCCCUCCACCCCUCCUUGACCGAGGUGCAGGGGUCGCACUUCAUCCAGGGCUUUGCACGCAUCCAGCCACCGGACCAGGCUCAAAGAGCAGAAAUCCUGCGGUGUUUGAUACUCAGAAAAAGCACCCUAUCUGAGGAGACGCUGCAGACUCUAGACCUGGCAGCUGUUUCCAAGGAGACGGAGGGAUACAUGCCCCAGGACCUUGCACUACUGCUGGAGCGGGCUGUCCAUGCAAACACAGUACAAAGAGGACACAGUGACCAGGGUGGGUGUCUGUUGUGGAGGGAUUUUGCGCAGGCCCUUAAGGGAUUUACACCUCCCUCGCUGUGGGGUGUAGACCUCCACACCCCAAGUGGUGUUGGGCUGGAGAGGGUGGGGGGGCUGAAGGAGGUGCGCCAGCAGCUGAUGGACACCAUACUGCUCCCUGCUAAGUAUCCCAUCCUGUUUGCCAAUCUGCCUAUCCGCCACCGUUCAGGAAUAUUGCUGUAUGGAGCUCCUGGUACUGGGAAAACCCUGCUAGCCAGGGCCACGGCCAAAGACAGUGGCAUGAACUUUAUCAGCAUCAAGGGACCUGAACUCCUGAGUAAGUACAUUGGAGCGAGUGAGCAGGGAGUUCGUGAUGUCUUUCAGAGGGCACAAGCUGCUAAGCCGUGCAUCCUGUUCUUCGAUGAGUUUGACUCUUUGGCACCAAGACGAGGCCACGACAGCACAGGUGUCACCGACCGCGUGGUCAACCAGCUCCUCACCCAGCUGGACGGGGUGGAGGGACUGCAGGGUGUAUAUGUGCUUGCAGCGACGAGCCGUCCAGACCUGAUUGACCCCGCCCUGCUAAGACCUGGACGACUGGACAAGUCCCUCUACUGCCCCCCUCCUGAUCUGGAGGCUCGUGUGGAGAUCCUGAAGGCUCUGAGCUCGGGCAUGGCUCUGGCCGCCGACGUGGACCUGGAGCAGCUGGCAGCAGCAACAGAGCAGUUCACUGGAGCAGACCUGAAGGCCCUGCUCUACAACACCCAGCUGGAGGCUGUCCACAACAGGGGCUCCAACACACCGCAUGAGCUGACCUCUGGCUCAGACAGCGACAUGAGCCUGUCCUCUAUGAUCUUCCCGAACAACAGCAGUGGCUCAGAUGAUUCAGUGGGGGAGGGGGACCCAGGCGUGGGGCUGGACCAGUCCAUGGUUCUCCUGGAGGCCAGUGAGCUCCAGGCAGAAGACGAACAACAUCACGGCAAUGUCUGGAGACUUUACUUUGGAAGCUCUUACGAGUCAGAGUUGGAGAAUUCACCGAUUUCUGGACUGAAUUCCCAGUGCGUCUCUGGACCGAACUCCAUGACUCAUGGAGCAUCAGGUCGGGAGCCUGGCGGCUCGCUGCCCCCUGCCUACAUGUCCUCCCUCCAGAGCGGGUACGAAGAGCUCGGCCCAGAGCAGCUGGAGCGCCUACAACAAGACAUUGAUAAUAUCAAGAACAACUACAGGAGAGCCAAUGAGGAUUGUGUCCGGCUGCAUUCGGGCUCAAGCCAGCCAGGCCUGCUGCUGUGUCUGGCUCAUGUGAACUCCGCCCUGGCUGUGACUAGACCAUCUCUCAGCAAAGCCGACUGGAACAGAUACACAAAACUGUAUUCAGCCUUUGGCGGUUCUGGAGAUGGAAAAUCUCUUCACGCAGUCACAUUUAAACCUGGAGAACGUGUGACAUUAGCUUGAUCAGACAUGCUAGUUUGUGUCAAAUUAAUAAAACUUGUGGUGCAUUAAUAUUGUAACAAUCAAUUCCGGAGUUUUGAAGACGUGUAAAUGUAUAAAACGUUUGCUUUAAUGUUUCCUACUGACUUGAUUCUGUGUGAGACAUGUGUCUACAUAAGAUGUAAUUAUUGUACAUAUGUAUAAUGCCAGAGAAUGAAUUAUGUAAUAAUUGCUAAAAUUAAAAAUUAA